GGCGGCGGCGGCGGCGGAGGCAGCGGUCUUAGAAUGAGCAGCAAUAUCCACGCGAACCAUCUCAGCCUAGACGCGUCCUCCUCCUCUUCCUCCUCCUCCUCUUCUUCUUCUUCCUCCUCCUCUUCCUCCUCGUCCUCGGUCCACGAGCCCAAGAUGGAUGCGCUCAUCAUCCCGGUGACCAUGGAGGUGCCGUGCGACAGCCGGGGCCAACGCAUGUGGUGGGCUUUCCUGGCCUCCUCCAUGGUGACUUUCUUCGGGGGCCUCUUCAUCAUCUUGCUCUGGCGGACGCUCAAGUACCUGUGGACCGUUUGCUGCCACUGCGGGGGCAAGACGAAGGAGGCCCAGAAGAUAAAUAAUGGCUCCAGCCAGGCAGAUGGUACUCUCAAGCCAGUGGACGAAAAAGAGGAGGUGGUGGCAGCCGAGGUCGGCUGGAUGACGUCCGUGAAGGACUGGGCAGGGGUGAUGAUAUCCGCCCAGACACUGACUGGCAGAGUCCUGGUUGUGUUAGUCUUCGCUCUCAGCAUCGGUGCCCUUGUAAUAUACUUCAUAGACUCCUCAAAGAGCCGCACAGCCGACUCUUUGAUCCCAAUAGAAUCCUGCCAGAAUUUCUACAAAGAUUUCACAUUACAGAUCGACAUGGCUUUCAACGUGUUCUUCCUUCUCUACUUUGGCUUGCGGUUUAUUGCAGCCAACGAUAAGCUGUGGUUCUGGCUGGAAGUGAAUUCUGUAGUAGAUUUCUUCACAGUCCCUCCCGUGUUUGUGUCUGUGUAUUUAAACAGAAGUUGGCUUGGCUUGAGAUUUUUAAGAGCCCUCAGACUGAUACAGUUUUCAGAAAUUUUGCAGUUUCUGAAUAUCCUUAAAACAAGUAAUUCAAUCAAGCUGGUGAAUCUGCUCUCCAUAUUUAUCAGCACGUGGCUGACUGCAGCUGGAUUCAUCCACUUGGUGGAGAAUUCAGGGGACCCAUGGGAAAAUUUCCAAAACAACCAGGCACUUACAUACUGGGAAUGUGUCUACUUACUCAUGGUCACAAUGUCUACAGUGGGCUACGGGGAUGUUUACGCAAAAACCACGCUUGGACGCCUCUUCAUGGUCUUCUUCAUCCUCGGGGGACUGGCCAUGUUUGCCAGCUACGUCCCUGAAAUCAUAGAGUUAAUAGGAAACCGCAAGAAAUACGGGGGCUCCUAUAGCGCGGUUAGUGGAAGAAAGCACAUUGUAGUCUGUGGUCACAUCACUCUGGAGAGUGUCUCUAACUUCCUGAAGGACUUUCUGCACAAGGACCGGGAUGAUGUCAACGUGGAGAUCGUCUUUCUUCACAACAUCUCCCCAAACCUUGAGCUUGAGGCUCUGUUCAAACGACAUUUUACUCAGGUGGAAUUUUAUCAGGGUUCCGUCCUCAAUCCACACGAUCUUGCCAGAGUCAAGAUAGAGUCAGCAGAUGCGUGCCUGAUCCUUGCCAAUAAGUACUGCGCUGACCCGGAUGCAGAAGAUGCCUCCAACAUCAUGAGAGUGAUCUCCAUAAAGAACUACCACCCGAAAAUCAGGAUCAUAACUCAGAUGCUGCAGUAUCAUAACAAGGCCCAUCUGCUCAACAUCCCCAGCUGGAAUUGGAAAGAGGGUGAUGACGCAAUAUGCCUCGCGGAGCUCAAGUUGGGUUUCAUAGCCCAGAGCUGUCUGGCUCAAGGCCUCUCCACGAUGCUUGCCAACCUCUUCUCUAUGAGGUCAUUCAUAAAGAUUGAGGAAGACACGUGGCAGAAAUAUUACUUGGAAGGAGUCUCCAAUGAAAUGUACACAGAAUAUCUCUCCAGUGCCUUCGUGGGUCUGUCCUUCCCUACUGUUUGUGAGCUGUGCUUUGUGAAGCUUAAGCUCCUGAUGAUAGCCAUUGAGUACAAGUCUGCCAACCGGGAGAGCCGAAGCCGAAAGCGAAUAUUAAUUAACCCUGGGAACCACCUUAAGAUCCAAGAAGGUACUUUAGGAUUUUUCAUCGCAAGUGAUGCCAAAGAAGUUAAAAGGGCAUUUUUUUACUGCAAGGCCUGUCAUGAUGACGUCACAGAUCCCAAAAGAAUUAAAAAAUGUGGCUGCAGGCGGCUGAUCUAUUCCAAGAUGUCCAUCUACAAGAGAAUGAGACGAGCAUGUUGUUUUGAUUGCGGACGUUCUGAGCGUGACUGCUCAUGCAUGUCAGGCCGUGUGCGUGGUAACGUGGACACCCUUGAGAGAGCCUUCCCGCUUUCUUCUGUCUCUGUUAAUGAUUGCUCCGCCAGUUUCCGUGCCUUUGAAGAUGAGCAGCCGCCAACGCUGUCACCCAAAAAAAAACAACGUAACGGGGGUAUGAGGAACUCACCCAACUCCUCCCCGAAGCUGAUGAGGCAUGACCCCUUGUUAAUUCCUGGCAAUGAUCAGAUUGACAACAUGGACUCCAAUGUGAAAAAGUACGACUCUACUGGAAUGUUUCAUUGGUGCGCACCCAAGGAGAUUGAGAAAGUCAUCCUGACACGAAGUGAAGCUGCCAUGACUGUCCUGAGUGGCCAUGUUGUAGUCUGCAUCUUUGGGGAUGUCAGCUCAGCCCUGAUUGGCCUCCGGAACCUGGUGAUGCCGCUCCGUGCUAGCAAUUUUCACUACCACGAGCUCAAACACAUUGUGUUUGUAGGCUCCAUCGAGUACCUCAAGCGAGAGUGGGAAACACUGCACAACUUCCCCAAAGUGUCCAUAUUGCCUGGUACACCAUUAAGUCGGGCUGACUUAAGGGCUGUCAACAUCAACCUCUGUGACAUGUGCGUUAUCCUGUCAGCCAAUCAGAAUAAUAUUGAUGAUACUUCGCUUCAGGACAAGGAAUGCAUCUUGGCGUCACUCAACAUCAAAUCUAUGCAGUUUGAUGACAGCAUCGGGGUCUUGCAGGCUAAUUCCCAAGGAUUCACACCUCCUGGAAUGGACAGAUCAUCUCCUGACAACAGCCCAGUGCAUGGAAUGUUGCGCCAGCCUUCCAUCACAACAGGAGUCAACAUCCCCAUCAUCACAGAACUCGCUAAGCCGGGCAAGUUGCCUUUGGUAUCAGUCAAUCAGGAAAAAAACAGUGGGACGCACAUUCUAAUGAUAACGGAGUUGGUGAACGAUACUAAUGUUCAGUUUUUGGACCAAGAUGAUGAUGAUGACCCUGACACAGAGCUGUACCUCACGCAGCCCUUUGCAUGUGGGACAGCGUUUGCUGUCAGCGUCCUGGACUCGCUCAUGAGUGCGACAUACUUCAAUGACAAUAUCCUCACCCUGAUCCGGACCCUGGUGACAGGAGGAGCCACGCCAGAGCUUGAGGCUCUGAUUGCUGAGGAGAAUGCACUUCGAGGGGGCUACAGCACUCCCCAGACACUGGCCAACAGGGACCGUUGCCGCGUGGCUCAGUUAGCCCUGUUGGAUGGGCCCUUUGCAGACUUAGGGGAUGGUGGUUGUUAUGGUGAUCUGUUCUGCAAAGCUCUGAAAACGUAUAAUAUGCUUUGUUUUGGAAUUUACCGGCUGAGAGAUGCCCACCUCAGCACCCCCAGCCAGUGUACAAAAAGGUAUGUCAUCACCAAUCCCCCCUACGAGUUCGAGCUCGUCCCGACAGACCUGAUCUUCUGUCUGAUGCAGUUUGACCACAACGCUGGCCAGUCCCGGGCCAGCCUGUCUCAUUCCUCCCACUCCUCCCAGUCCUCCAGUAAGAAGAGCUCCUCUGUCCACUCCAUCCCGUCUACAGCAAAUCGGCCGAACCGGCCCAAGUCCAGGGAGUCUCGCGACAAACAGAAUGCAACAAGGAUGACUAGAAUGGGCCAAGAAAAGAAAUGGUUUACAGAUGAACCGGAUAAUGCCUAUCCCAGAAACAUUCAAAUCAAGCCCAUGAGUACCCACAUGGCUAACCAGAUCAACCAAUAUAAAUCCACAAGCAGCUUGAUCCCUCCAAUCAGAGAAGUUGAAGAUGAAUGUUGACUCCCAGGAGACCAGAACUAUUUUUUUAAAGCCUGACAAACUUCAUAAAUGGUGAUGUGACUUUUCUUCCUCUUCCAUGCCGAAUCACUGGUGGAAACACUAGAGUAAGCAAGAAUUGCAAGAAAAUAAAGUAGACAGAUCUUUCUCUUUGCCUUGAAUAUUGCUUCCAUGUAUUUUGGAAAACAAAAUGAUUUCAUUUAUAAAUGAACAUACUAAAAUAGUCAUGUAUAGCUUCUAGCAUUUUAAAUUAUUUUUAUUUAUUAGAAAGAAAAUAUAUUUUUUCUUUUCUUUUUUUUUUUCAUUGCCAGAUAUCUUCCCAUAUAUCACAGCAAUGUAAAAAUCAAAAUGAGUAAGUGGCCAGAUUCCUUAAUGUGUAUUCUCUCCUUUCUCUCUUUUUCUUUGAGGAGAAUGAUGGUCACCACCCUGACUUGUAAUUAAGGAAAAUUGAUUACAAAAAGAAUUUUAAGGUAGUCAACAAUGCACACCCAUGUUUUAGUAACUCAAAAGAAAAGUCAAAAGAGCAGAGAUGAAUAUUUGCCUCUCCCCUGGAUGGGUGUGUGUUUUGAUCUGGAUUGACACCAGCUCUUAACAAAUCAAACUUAUUUAUCUUCACAGUUGAAAGUCAGUUCUUUGUAGUUUACGUUUUCAUCCAGCAUUUCUUAUCCUUGUUCAUAUAUUUAGAGGAAAGAGCUUCUUGCAGCUUUUUCUGCAGUUGCCAGAUCAGGUUUAAGCAGCCACCUCAAGCUAUGGGGAAGGGUUAUAGGCACACCUAGGAUGCUGACGUUGUGCACCAAGAGCAGGCUGUGUUUGUUGUUCUCAUGGUGGGGCCUCUUCCAAGCUCUUCUGCUCCCCAUUUCAUACUUCUAAAUCACCCAAGCAAGUUAUGUCAACUGUGGGAGGAUCUGGUGAAUUCUCUUCCCCAUUCAGAGCUAUUAGUCUGGAAGUUUGUGAAUGUCAGAGUUUUACCUGACACUGGAACCUAAGAAGUACUCAUGCUUAGCAUGAAGUAUUUGUUUAAAUGUCAGACAAUGUCCACUGUCGAGGAGAUGACUUUAGCUCAGAUUUUCAUUUGCUGGAUUUCCUUGGUUGAAUUGCUGGAACAAAACAUUCAAACUUGCUAAAAAUAUUUACAAAACCAAUACCAACCAAAAGGAAAGGAAGUCAUGCUCUUAACAUAGACUGUUAGAAAAAGGCCUUUGAAAAAUUACCAGCAAUGAAAUAAAAUGUAUCAGCCACUUCCGCCUGUGGUCAAAAGAUUUUCCUAGCCAUCAGAUGCAAUUGUGAUGUCUGAGCUCUGCUCUUGCAUGCAUGCCCAGUGUAUAGUCACUCAACAGCUAUUUCUUUCCAGUGACUCAGAAAGUCUUUCACCUUCAGAGUGAUCAACCUCUGAUAUGAUCAUCAGGGUCUCUGGAGAAGCAUGGGCGUGACUGUGAUUUCUAUUUCCUUAAAAAUGUAAAAUGUGGACACUUUCUGGAUCUAACCAAAAUAGCCCCUCAAGUCCCAUGACACCUCCUCCAUUAACGUUUUAGAUGACCAUGACUCUGUGGUACCUAGUUAUGGUAGUACAAAUCAGAUCAGAGCAAAGCAAUGUGAUCACCAUGAAAACAUAUGUCCACUGAGGACUCCAAUACCAGUGUAGGCCAAAUGAGCUUCCACCUCUGUCCACUCCCUGCAGAGCCAAUGUAGCUGUGCUUCCCCCUCGUAGGCAUUGUCCUGCAGUGACGCGUCGGACCGUGGUUACUCUGUUGUCACAUUUUGUAGAAUUAGCUCUAUAAAAGUAUUGUGAAUAUAAUGUGUGUCCAAUUGGAUUGUUAACACAAAAAUAUUUAUAAUCAAUCACUAGUCUACUCAGGCUAAAAUGACGUCAGCAGUCAAUAUUCAGGCUUAUAAACAUUUCUUGGUUUCCAACAGAACUCAAAUGUGUUGGUGGGGAGAAUCCACUGCCAGGGUAUUGACAGCAUUCCUGAAAGCUAAGACUUCCUUUAAUAUCAUGAUUUUGCACUGGGGUUACCUAAGUACAUUCAUGUCAGUCCACGCUCUUCUUUCCUUCCUGAACCAUAGUAGGCUCUUCUUCACACUCAUUCCUACUAACCCCCCCUAAAUUUGUCUUAGUUCUUUGAUCUCCCAUGGCAACCAACAUUAUUUACCUACAUAAUCUUCCAUUAGAAGAACAACAGUCUCAACAUCCUCCAUGCAAGGCAGGAAGCGGAAGCCUAACUCCAUCCCCAUUUCCCAAGAUAGCUAGAGAUUUAAAUAGAAACCGGUUUCUUAACCACCAUGGCUACAAUGAUAGUUUCCUAUAGUAAGGGACUCCCUCAGUUCACCAAGCAGUCUUCAAGACCCCAGAUAACAAAUCUAUUUUCUUCAAAGGUUGAGCAAUAAAGGAAGAACAAAUCAAGCACCAUCCUAAGGUGACAUGAGAAAUGACCUGGUGGUGGCACCUUUGGCAAAAACUCAAGGCCAAGCAAUUGAAAUAUAAAUAACAUUUGUUAAAAAUAACUGGAAGGCUCAAGGCAUCUCCCAAAGUUCCCAAUUUGUUUCUAUUUGUUGAGUUCUGAGUCCUCUGAAGGGUAAAAAAAAAACCUGACUUUCCAACCACAUUCACUUUAGGCCAAUGGUGGUCUUCUUUGGAAUAUUCCACAAUAGAAAGCUCUGCUCUCUAGUCUCUGUUUAGGAUUCCAGAAAAGUCAUCUUGGCAAAUUAAUGAUGCUUGAGUGCUUUGGGACUCAGGCCGUUUGUAAAAACAUAAACUAUCUGUGUCUGAGUACAUCGUUGCCCUCACCAUCCUUCUCAUGGAAGCAAUGUGCUUUUGUUUAAGCAAUUAUAUUUCAGAAGAUCCUCCUCUGCUGUGGCACAUAGAAUGCAUUCACCAAAGGUGUUUUAUGUUUAAGACUGAUUGUGACAGAGUAACCUGGACACACAGCCUUCCUCCCACAAAGUUCUAUUUUGGUUUUGUUCCUUUGAUUUUUUUUUAAGUGAUGGAAGACUUUAAGCACAGAAUUGGAGUCGUUUCCAUUGAGUUGAAGUGGAGAGUGAAAAAUGUAUGAGAUUAGGGAUAUUUUGAAUGGAAAACCAAAACUGCCCCAAGUGUGCCUGAUUUGGAGGUUCAAGAGCAUCCAGACACAAUUAGCUCUUAACUAUGAAAAUGUUCUUUAGAUCCUCCAAGUCUCAGUGGCUUAAAUCACUGAGGGUGAUUCCUUGAGAUGGCUAAGGUCUCUUUCAGACCGACUAAGACAAUAAUAGCCUUGCCUCAGCCAAGCCUUUGGAGACAAUCUUUUCCGGAGCUGUAAUCGUGGCUCUUCUGGCCAUGUCACCCGUGUAGCCCUUCUGAGCUGAACCCAGCAUCCACUUUCUGCUCUGGACAAGGAAGAGUCGGGUUUGUUCCUGUGCUUUUCAGCUUGGAAGCGCUUAGAUCUGAGAUGCUAAGGUUUGCAGUCAGCUUCACCUCCAUCACUGAUGAGCUGGCUCGGUUAGUCUAGGUUUCUCUUUACAACCUUGCUCCCCACCAUCCCUGUCUCUUAGUGCAGCACAGUUUUGGCUAGUCUCUUCAUCUCUAGCCCACCUCUCCAAUAGUAUGUAGAGAGAGUCUGGACACCUCUCCUCUCCUGCUGUUAUUCCCAUUAAUGUCCCCCCCACAUCUGCUUUCUCAUUUCAUUUCCAGUUUGGUUUGGUUUGCUUUCACUGAUUCAUGGUCUUUUGCUACUUCCAUUCAUAAGUGUAACCAUGACCUGUCAUGUUCAUCAUCAAGGAGAAUCUUAUUGAAAGAAACAUAGAAAGAGGUAGAAAAGCUCAAAGGAAAACAGCAUUGACUAAAUGGCAGGAUAUCAUCUUGACUACCAAGAGAUCAUACAAAUUCAUGGAAGACUGAGUUCCAACUCCAGAUCUGCUCAUUUUUUAUUUUAUUCAUAUUUUCUGCCUUUGAGAGAGUGGUCAAGUCACGGACACAGCGGCCCUUACUACUCAGGGCUCGACCCAUCAGUUUUCAAAACUUAGAGGAACUGAGAAAUUACGUUGAACUUUUCUACUGUGUUCCUUUCUGCCCCUGCUGUCUAUCCCGUGUUCUUAACAGGUGUUUUCAGUUAUAAAACAGAAUAAUUUCUCACUUAAAUCCCAUGGUUAGUUAAUACAACGAGGAGCUCCUUUGGAAUUCUUUUUUUAAAGAACAUUGGUUUAGAGAGUGAAAGUCACUGAGCGGUCUGAACAGCGAUGGGCCGAGAUGGCUGUGCUCUUCAGGGUUAAAGCUUUUGAGGUGUUCUGUUCUCUCAGGAAGAGGUAGCCCAGAAAUGUAGACUUUCUACCUGAGUGGUAAAGCUGUUUAAGCCAAGUUUAUCUUAACUGGUUGUUGCCCAUGCACUGCAGGCUAUUAAUAAUUACAAGAUUACCAUUAAAAUACGGCAAUGCAGAGGACAUUUUAAAUUUUAUUUUCCAAUACCCAUGAAAGAGUGAUUUAAAAAAAUAUUUAAAAAGGGACCUAUGUGACCAAAGGCCUUUAGCCCUAUACUAGUUAGGAGCUCCCCAAUAUCCCAGUCUCACACGGCUUUAUGGGGAAAUAAUUCUCAUUUACACUCUUUGUUCUAGACCAUUCUUUUUCAACUAUGCUUUUGAGGAUAACAAUGGGCCUGAAAGGGGGUAACUCAGGAUGUACAUCAAAAAGUUACAGAGAAGAACAAAAAAAGAGAUAGGAGCCCUGGCAAGAUGUGGUGCUGAGGAUGGAAAAGAAGAGGUUCCCUUGAACCACAAAUGGGAAACAUGAUAGGCACCCAAUCUUGGAUGAACAGUGGAGGCUGUCCAAUAGAAAACAGGUGGUUUGACUGGAGGCACAAGGAUCCUGAGGAUUUUCCAAUGAGAAGGAGCUUCAGGGGUUAUAAUGCACUGAUACCAAGGUGGUUUUGAUAUAUGAGUAACUUACCUUUGGUAAUAAGUCUGUGUCCACAAGCUGAGAAAAAAACUAUGUCAACACUUCAUGGACAAAGAUAGAAAGUAGGUGGUUGAAGAGCCACAUUAAAAAGUGGGACAUUGAUUUAGAAAGUUGGAGAGAGUCACUGAAAGGUCUGAACAAAGAGUGAUGGGAAGCGGUGACUGUGCCCUUUUGGGGUUGAAGCUUUUGAGAUGGCCAGUUCUUUUUGGAAGGUAUCACAGAGAUGUAGGCUUUCUAGCAGCAAAUUCUCUCAGCAGUGUGAAGUCUUCUGGGUUGCACUCAACAGCAGUUCAUCAAGCAGAACGCCUGCCUUCCUGCAUUUUCUCCCUGCCAGGCAUACAACGUCCCUGCAGUCAAUUACUACCUUCUCAGUUGUAGAUCCACCACAUGGAUUAAAGAGAAGGAAUAGAUUUUCAGAUUGUUUCAACAAAACCUGCUGGCUAUACUAUUUUACAGACAUUAAUGUAAUAAGAACACCCAGUAGACUGCCAACAAAUCAUCGAAUAAUCAAGAAUGCAGGCCUUCCGACUUCCAACAUUAUGAAAGCAUUUGGUCAGGUGAUCUGGCAACUUGGAACUAGUAGACAGCACCAGCAUAUGCUUUUUAGAGGAAUGGACUAGGUUGGAGGAAUGAGUAUGACGCAGUCUUCCUUGCAGUAAGCCUAAAAGCAAGCCCUAAAGGGUCAGCAGAGAAAGAGUAAGCAUGUAUACCACACUGUCUUCCCAUGGAGCAGGAGUAGAAGGAGCAAACAGUGUAAUGGAAUGAAGUGGUAAGUCAAGCUUUGUAGAAUAGGUGGGAUUUCAGAGUUAGGUAAGCUGAGGGGCAACAUCCCAGCUCAUCUGGGAAUAUGGAUGGAUUUCAUGACUUUAUCAAGGAGUCCCUGUGCACUUGUUGCUGGACAGCUUGUAUCUCUCCUUGGGAACAGAAGACACACCAUUCACAACAGGCAUUCAAUAAAGACUUUUUAAAAUAAAUGUGGUGUGCAUAAUGAAUAAAUAUUAUGGAUUGUAACAGCUGCGGAAGUUUGAGUUGGGCUCUAGGGCUGUCUAUGAGUGACAGAUUCUUUGUAAAGGAAAUGCUUACUGCAGACCCCAAGGACAGGGCAAUGCAGAAGGACAGAGAAGAAGAGGAGACAAUAAGAAUGUGAAGCAAGAACUCAGGCAGCUGAGAAAUAGACUGCUGUCUUCCUGAUACAAAGAAGUAGAGAGAACCUUUCCCACUAGAAAGUUGUCCUGGGCUGAGGAUGCAAGCAGAGUUGAGAAGAUGCUUUGGGAAGGCUUGGCCCUAUGGAAGCCCUGCCCUGCCACUCACACACCAGAUACUUAUAAAGGGAGAAGCCUGGUUGAGUUCAAUAAAGGAGAAAGCAUAGGUUUGGAUGAUGGGUAAGUAGAUCUGUCUGGGGGGCUAUGACCAAGUUUUCAGGGGCUCAGAAGUGCAAGCCAAGCUGAUGUGAUUAGAACAGAUCUAUUCAGUCCUGGGAGAAUGGGAAACAGAAAGGGAUUUGAAGAUAGAAAGAGGCAUCCAUGAGGGUUGAGAUGAAGGGUAUCUGAACUUGUGACUCAGAAGUAAUGAGGCAGACUGGAAGGACCAAUUUCCCCCUUGUCUUUUUCUCCAGUGGUUGCCCGGUGGACUGUACUGGGUAGGAAACUAACAGUCUACUUAGUGUCAUGUUGAUCACCAUGGAAAUGAAGGAUAUACAAGACACUAGGUCAUCAGCAAGUCUUCUGAAGUACCCACAGAAAGAGGGGUCUUGAGGUGAUCUCUCCUUUUGUCCAUUCAUGUCACCCCAUUGCUCUUCAUCCCUCAUGCAUAGCACACCCAGACCUCUCUAGCUCCGAGAGUUUCAGUGCACAAAAUGCUAAAGUCACCUUGCUCUGAUGGCUUUUCUGGACCAGGGUAUACAGUGGAGCUUCUUGCCCAGGUGAAAACUGAUCUCAUUUCUAGGUAGAAUGUUAAAAUGAAAAGCUUUUUCCCCUGGCAUAUCCCCUGAGGCACUUCUGUGUUUCUUCUCGUUCUCCAAAGCUGAUCCCCAAAGCUUUCCAGGACCUGUCUUAGGAAACAGGACCAGUUCUGUUGUUUAGAGUCUUGGAUGUAAAUGUACACACACAUCACACAUGCCUGCCAAAGCAACCCAGAGCUUCCUGCCCUUGGGAUCCAGGGUCAGUUUGAGGAUUUAGUCAUCAGGGAAGGGAGCCCCUACAAUAGACAGAUCAAGACACAGGUCUACACUAAGCCAGAGCCUUUCCCACCCCAAUACCUCAGUUCUUCUCUUCCUUCCGCUCUGUACUCAUUGGACCAAACAGAACUGCAACAUUUCACAUAGAAACCCAGAUCUGCCCGGAAAUCCUAAUUAAAAACCUUCCAUUCCCAGGUGGUACAAUCACAUCCUGCCUAAAGUGUCUGGCUCACAUCCCACCAUGCAGAUGCUGGAAAGAGACUAUUUCCCCCACUUAACACCAAAACCUUCAUUUGGGAUUUCUUCAGGGGACAAAGGAAAAAAAAUCCAAUUCAGAGGUACACAUUUGCAGAGGUCAGCCUACAACAUGUUCAUUAAGGGAAAAGAGCGUGGUUUCUUCAUCUGUCUUUCACACACUGAUUGCUGGCAUGGUGACUGUGGCUAUGAUGAAUUAUGUGACCAGACAGGAACUGGAGAAGAGAAUAAAUGCUGGUGCUCUGAAAUGACCUACCCAACUCUGUCAUCUGUGACAGCCAGUGAUAACUCUCUUGUCUUGUAAAAAGGGUUUGUACAUAACUUGUACAUGGUUUCAUUUUGUAUUUUUCGCAGAUUAAAAAUUUAUGUAUUUGUGUUCUAAAA